AUGGGUGUGGAUAUAGGGCCGAGCUGUAGUAUUAAAAAAAAGCUCAGAGUAUGUAUGAAAAAAAAGGAAACAAAGCACCCACCCAUUUCGAUCUCGAAAUAA